GGAUACUUUUAGAGAGUGUCGGUUGGACCUCUUCCUUCCUUCUCUUUCUUUGGGCUGAGGCUCUUGGCUGGGCUGCUGGGUUUCUCUUAUUUUUUCUUCUACGCCUUCAUCCUUGAUUUAUUUGCACUUCGUUUUUGCCAUCUUAACGAAGAAAAGAGAAGAGGAAGAGACGGGAGAGGAAAAAAAAAAUGGAGACUUGGAGAAUCCCUAAAGAGAUCCAGAGUUGAUUCUUCUGUCUUACAUUGCAUGUUUGAAAUUUGAUUAUUACAAUAAUGUCAUAUAUACAUCUUAAUGAGAAACAAAGAUACUCUGCCACCUUUGAUUAUCAAGAGAUGCAUUACUCUCCUGCAAACUUGUUCAUCCUCCAAGCUCAAACUGAAACAAAUUCAUUGUUUCUGGAUCAGGCAUGGCGUCCCAAUCAGCGACCCAGAAACUGGAAAGCACCUAAUUUAUCAUCUUGUUUCUCUUUCAGCCUCAAUGUCAUAUGCCCACAACGUCUUUUCCCAGAUCAAAAAUCCCAACAUAUUUACCUGGAACACCAUGAUAAGAGGCUAUGCCGAGACUGAGAAUCCAGCUCCAGCUCUUAACUUGUAUAAUCAAUUGCGGGCAUCCACUUGUGUUGAGCCUGAUACCCAUACAUACCCUUUUCUUUUAAAAGCCAUAGCUAAAAUGGCGGACCUUAAAUUGGGUGAGAAGAUUUAUGGUAUUAUUAUUAGAACUGGGUUUGAGUCCUUGGUUUUCACUCAGAAUUCUGUGCUCCAUUUGUAUAGUAUUUGUGGGGAAGUAGAGAGUGCUUACAAGGUGUUUGAUUUAAUGCCUGACAGAGAUAUUGUAGCAUGGAACUCUGUAAUUAAUGGGUUUAUCGUUAACGGUAGACCCAAUGAAGCUCUGAGUCUUUACAGGGAAAUGGGUCUGGAAGGAAUCCAGCCUGAUGGGUUCACCAUGGUUAGUCUGUUAUCCGCUUGUGCUGAGCUUGGUGCAUUAGCAUUAAGCAAGAGGGUUCAUGGGUAUAUGAGGAAAGUCGGUUUGAGUGAGAAUUUAUAUGCCAAUAAUGCUCUUUUAGACGUUUAUGCAAAGUGUGGGAGCAUUAGAGAGGCUCAAAAAUUGUUUAAUGAGAUGGAAGAAAGAAAUGGGGUUUCUUGGACAACUUUGAUUGUUGGGUUGGCAGUGAAUGGAUUUGGAGGGGAAGCACUUGAGCUUUUCAAGGCUAUGGAGAUUGAAGGAUUGGUGCCAACUGAGAUCACUUUUGUUGGUGUGUUGUAUGCCUGUAGUCACUGUGGAAUGGUGGAUGAAGGAUUCAAUUACUUUAAAAGGAUGACAGAAAAGUAUAACAUUGUACCAAGAAUAGAACAUUAUGGUUGUAUGGUUGAUUUGUUGGGUAGGGCUGGUAAGGUGAAGGAAGCACAUGAAUAUAUCCGAAACAUGUCAUUGCAGCCCAAUGCCGUUGUUUGGAGGACAUUACUAGCAGCCUGCACAAAACAUGGUUAUAUGGGAAUAGGGGAACAUGCCAGAGCUCAACUUAUAGAGUUAGAACCUUAUUAUAGUGGGGAUUAUGUGCUGCUAUCUAAUCUAUACGCAUCAGAGCAACGAUGGUCUGAUGUGCACAAGGUGAGAAAGAAAAUGAUUCGGGAAGGAGUGAAGAAAACUCCUGGGUAUAGCUUUGUUGAGAUAGGGAAUUGUGUGCAUGAAUUUGUCAUGGGGGAUAAAUCUCAUUCUGAAAGUGAGGAGAUAUAUACAAUGUUAGCAGAGAUCACAAGGAGGUUGAGAUCAGAAGGAUAUGUGCCUCAGACUUCAAAUGUAUUUGCAGACAUUGAAGAGGAGGAAAAGGAGAAUUCUUUGUCCUAUCACAGUGAGAAGAUUGCUAUUGCCUUUAUGUUAAUCAAAACAGCACCGGAGACUCCAAUUAGGGUGGUGAAAAAUCUAAGAGUUUGUGGGGAUUGCCAUUUGGCAAUCAAGCUUAUAUCGAAGAUGUACAAUAGAGAGAUUAUUGUGAGAGAUUGUAGUAGGUUUCACCAUUUUAGAGAUGGUUCUUGCUCUUGUCAGGAUUAUUGGUGAUUAAAUUUUAAUUUCAGAUCUUUUACCCAGUUCAGGUGGUUUUGACAA